AUGGCGGACACGACCGACGGCGAGGCGCAGGGCGAGCGAUCACCCGCCGACGGUAGCGGUGGAGGCGCAGUGGCCGACUCAGUCCUGUCGCUGCUCGUCGAGGAGGUGCGCGAGCUGCGCGACAGCAACAGGGAGCUGCGGCAGAACUUGCUCGACAUGCAGCGCCAGCAGCAGCACUACGACCGGCAGCAGACCAUGAUCAUGCGCAAGCUCGACGCGCUGCUCCUCGGCAAGCAGCACCACAACCACCAGCAGCCCGUCGACGCCUCCAACCCGUUCGCCGCCGGGGCCAGCAACGACAUGACCGACUACGCGCGCCCCAUGUCGUCGUCGCCCUCCGACGACUCGCCCAUGCCACCGCACCACAGCGACUCCAUCGCUGGCGCCGGCGAGUUCCCCUGGUACGGCAGCACGUCGAGCUCGACGUCGUCCUCAACGGUGAGCAAGUGCAUCCUGCCCACGUUCGCGCCGGCGGCGGCGUCGCGCUCGCCCUCGCUGGAGCUGUACUACUCGGGCACGCCCUCGAUUGUCCACGGCCGACUCCCCGCGGCCGAGAUCCUGUCCCACAUCCCGUUCCUCUCCUGCUACGACCUCGACGCCUCCGAAUACCCCUUCGUCGUCGACGAUUUCCGAAAACCGGCUGCUGUGUGUCGCCUGGCGAAGGAGGGCGAGGCCCCUAUGAUGGUGUUCGUCAACCAGGCCUUCUGCGAUGCCACCGGCUACCCCAGCCACGAAUUGCUGGGUUUUCCGAUCGAGAAGAUCUCCUUCCCCGACUACACCACCAAGCGUUCGCUCAUGCCCUACUUCUUCGUCAAGGCGCCGCCGAUGAUGAGCAUCCACAUCCCGUGCCGACCGAUCUGCGUGCCCAAGAAGGGCGAGUUCCGACGCGUGCUGUGUCGGCACCAGGUCCUCUACAACAAACAGGGCAGGCCCGUGUGGGUGGCGCUGUGCGUCGACGGCCAAGAAGACGGCCAGGCCUGUCUCGAGUCUGCCCUGCCGCCCGAAAUCGGCCCGACCGAUGCCUACGAUGCCUUCAUGCGCGGAGAUGAUCGUAACAGAGUUAUGGCUUCAAACUACGAGCGGGCAUACAAUUACCUGAGGCAGCGCGGCAUACAGGUGACCAAGGCCUUCCGUCCUUCCGCUCGCAUCAUGCCCCUACUGGAGAGCUCGAGCCCGAGCAGCGACGACGGGGCGCUGCUCGAGUACUCGGACUCGUCGUCCAUACCGUCGUCCGGGUCGGCCUCGCCCACAUCCACAGCCGCAACCGCAACCGCGCAGUCGCACGACAAGCUCUCCUCGUCGUACGGCCCACCGCUGCCCAUCUCGCCGAUGCAGCCCCCGCCCUCUCCGCUCUACCCCUUCUCGCCCUAUCCGGCGUCGCCCUCGCUCGACGACUUCUCGUGGCUUCUCCGCAACACCGAAAAUGCCAGCAGUACCGGCGCGCCUUCGCCCAACACCACCGGAGACCGACGAAAGUCAGAGGUGAACUGA